AUGCCUAUUCUCAAGGAAGGUCUGAAGAAGUUAUACUUCCCCUCAACAGUCCUCAAGCUGGUCCGGAACGGCCCCAACGUCCCCGCCGUCUCCAAUACCCUCACCUUCAGGGUGCCUCCCUCGAUGAAUAAGUUCGACAUCAAAUCCUACCUUGCCAACAUCUACAAGCUCAACGUCCUCGACGUCCGUACCGCCAACAUGCCCGCAAAACUCGCCGGCUCCGGCGGAAACACCAUCCUCAAGCGCCAAAAGUUUAAGAAGGCCAUCGUCACCAUCGACCACGAGUUCAAGUGGCCAGAGGCCCCCGACAGCGUCACCUUCGGAAUCCAGGACGCCGUCAACGAACGCUCACGGAUCAUGAACCGUCUCAAGGGAUGGAGGAUGCGACCCCACCACGGCAUCCAGGCCGCCAAGAAGGCUGCCGACGGCGAGGCUGCCGCUGCUGCCAAAGAGACCACCAAGGCAUAA